GAGCGGCAAGUCGGGAAUCGCUUCCGGUGCGAGGGGUCGCGAGGGGUUCCCUGUCUGAGAGGCUUCUUCUCUCCCCAGUGAGGUCCCUCUUGGCGCCUGCGAGUGGCCGCUUGAGGAUGGAUGAGGACGGGCUGCCCCUCGUAGGCUCCGGCAUCGACCUGACCAAGGUACAGGCGGCGCCAGGUUGCUGGCGUUGCUCCCUGAGGCCGGCGCCAGGUCCCCAGGGAGCGAAGGAGGCAACUUCCCCCUGUGGGAUUCUCCCCCCAUCCCCCCCCCCAUCAUCUCUUAAAAAGAGAAGCUGACAAGCUCUGUGAAUCGAGGCUGCUGCUUUUGCCCUUGCAGGGCUCCUCCUGGACCUCUGGCAGGCAGAAGUUCGCCAGGAGAAGCCGCGCUCCUUCGCCUGUGGUGUCGUGUUUUUAUUAAAGAUGCAGAAACUAUGCGGGUGGGGAGGUGGGAGCGCGGGUAGGGCAACCUCUAAGGAAGCACAAGUGUAUGGAGGCUGAGGGUUAGAGAAGAGGGCGGUUGCGAGGAACUGGGGGGCGGAGGGUGUCCUCACGGGAGUCAAAAGUGGCUUAGCUUCCUCUGCCAUUUGUCUCCUCUGGGAACCAGUUAAGUGAAUAAACAAUACACGCUGGGCCUCCUUCGUGGAAGUUACAAGAGGCUUGCAUAGCAAACUUGUAUUCUGUGCCCUUAUACGCCAGUUUGUUAACAGGUAGUAGCAACCACUGGUCAUCUGACCCCCCUGAGUAGACAAGUCUUGAAGGUUUCCAAAACAUCUUGAACAAAGAGCAUUUUUUAGCCCUUGAUCAUCAAGCAUCCCUCUGAAUUGGUUGUUUGCUCUUCCAUGCCCUACUUUCCUCCAUCAAUAAUACAGUGGUGCCUCGCAAGACGAAAUUAAUUCGUUCCGCGAGUUUUUUCGUCUUGCGGUUUUUUUCGUCUUGCGAAGCACGGUGUCGGGAAAGUUUUGGAAAAGCUUCAAAAAUCACCAAAGUCUUUAAAAACCUCAAAAAAGGCUACCACACCGCGUUCUAUGAGUUGCUCCUCGAAGUCAAGUCGCAACUGUAUUAACGGUGUUAAGAAAAGGAAACAAACUUGCAAGACGUUUCCGUCUUGCGAAGCAAGCCCAUAGGGAAAAUCGUCUUGCGAAGCAGCUCAAAAAACAAAAAAACCUUUCGUCUAUCGAGUUUUUUGUCUUGCGAGGCAUUCGUCUUGCGGGGCACCACUGUAUUGCCUUUUUAAACCAUGUCCAUUUUUUCAUUUUUAACUCAUUUGACCAGGCCUUCCUGCACUGGAGUCAAUUUUGGAGUUGUUGUUGUUUUUCCUGGCUCUGAUUCACUCGUGAGUGCAAUUGUUCUGGAGGAGGCUUGAUAACCCAUGUAGCAUAUUGGAACUUGUUAAGUCCCAAUUCCCCUGGGGAAACUUAAAUAGCUACACUGCAGUACUGAUUUGGAAAAUUAAUUAAUGGGUCUGGAAGGUUGCAGGAACAGCAUGAGCUGAAUUUCUCAAUGUGUGCUUGCAACUCAUCCAACCCUAAUGUAAUGCAAGUUUGAUUCCAUAAAUCAUUGACUUCCAAGCUGUGUUCUGGAAAAUCCAAAGUGUGUUGUUGGACCAGGACCAGGGAGACCCAGGUUAAAAUCCCCACCAGCCAUUAAGUUCCUUGGGUGAUCUUGAGCCAGUCACUCUCUCUCAGUCUAAACGUCAUCACAGUGUUGUUCUGAGGAUGAAAUGGGUGGUGGUGGUUGCAUGCUAUUCUGCAUGCUAAAAUGUAAUAAACCCUUGCCUCAGAUACUACAUGAAAUCAAUAAUGGCAGAUAAAGUUCCCUGGCAGACAGUUUGUCAGAUCUGCCAAUCUUCUUUUGCAGUAUGCCAGUGCUCUGCAUGAACCUGUUGUAUUCCCCUAAAACAGGUCUUGCAUUCUACUACAGCAGACACCCCAGUAGCGCUUCCUUGGCAGAUGACAAGCCAGUGGUUCCUUGAAAGCAGGAAGCUUCAAAAUCACAAGGGAGUAAACUUAGUGAAAUAUAAUCCAAUGACAGUAGCAAGCAGGUAAAAUGGGGAGAACUCUGCAACACUCCAUAAGAAAAUCCACUGUUAGAUUUCUGCUGUGGCAACACAUUGCACUUUGAUCAUGUAUGCAGGAUCCAGUAGUCCCUAGGAUGACGUUUUUCCAUGCCAGACACCAUAGUGGAAGAUGCAUGAUACUUAAAAAAAAGAAAUUCCACACUUACUGGAAAGAUAAAUUCCUUUCUGACUUUCAUAGAUAACUCCUGAAGCAUCUAAUUUAACAUAUCUCCAUGAGCUGUCACUGAAAUAUUUCAUCAUAAAUGCCUGUUGUAAAAAUUUUAUUGGUUGAUUCAUAGAUAAAGCCAUAGCUUGGUGGCUGUUGUGGAUUUGCAGUAGGAUAGCGAUGAUGAUGGAAGUGUUUUUAGGCUAGCCCAUGCCCUCACAAAUGACUAUAAAAAUAAGUUUGUCAGAGAAACGGUUUAAUAUACUUCCAAAAUCCAUCCACUUCCUUUUUCAGAAUGUGAGACUUGCAGCCCCUGCAUAUUCAUACUUACUCAGAAGUAAGUACCACUGAAUUUGAUGGUAUUGGAGAGAGCAGAUAUCUGUCCUGUUUUACAUUUGUAGUCUGUCCCAUUCUUGUAGAUUAGUGUUAAGGAGCCUGUGGCCCUCCAUGUGUUGUUGGACUCGUGUUCCCAUCAUCUCUGACAGCUGGUUAUGAUUGGUGAGGCUGAUGGGAACUGAAGUCUCAACAACAUCUGGAGGUUUUCCAACCCUGUUAUAGAACUCCCACGUUUACAUAUUUGAAUCUGUGACUCAGAUGGAAAACCAUAUGCCCAUCCAGUUUGCAUAUGUUCCAGAACUGGGAAGAACUGCAAGCAUGAUAGAGCACAGGAUUACACUUUUAUGUGACUUGCAUAACUUGAAGCAUUGAUCUGAAAAUAAUAAAUUGGAUUUCAGCAUAUCCAUAGCAAAAGUGCAGCAGAUAUGUGUAUUCAAACACUGGUUAGGGGUGUUGGGAGCAGCUUUGCUCAGUUUUAUCAUCAUAUAGGUUUUGGGUGUUACAGAAUGAGCCUUGCUAUUGUUGUAUUUGUGCUUUGAACAACGCAGGUUCCUGCCAUCCAGCAGAAGAGAACAGUGGCAUUUCUAAACCAGUUUGUGGUUCACACAGUUCAGUUCCUUAACCGAUUUUCCACUGUUUGUGAAGAGGUAAGUAAGUAUACACUGUACUACCUUGGGGAAGGGGGUGGGUGCAUGUUGCAGACAGGAUUUGCAUUGUUGGCUAAUAGUCUGCUGCGUGGUGCACAAGCCCAUUCCCUCUGACGAAUUUUGUAAGACAUGGUUAAAAUACAGGGUUCAUUACUGCUAACUUUCCUAAAGAGAUGAUGCUUUGAAAGUUCAGUAACUCUUCCUCUUCAAGGAGGAAAAAGACACUGGCUGGAAAGUACAUGGGGUCCUUUAGCUUUUUAGGGUCUGACAUGGUGCAGUAGAUAGCACCAAGCAUGGCUGUCAGAGGCCCACAUUCAAAUAAGGAGCAUAGGAAGCUGACUCAGGUCAGACGAGCCUUCGAGCUCAGUAUUUUCCACUUUGAUUGGCAGCCUUUCCCAUCGCCUGCUACCUGCUUCUUCUAAGCAGAGAUGCCAUGACAUGUUAUCUGCCACACAGCUAUAGUCUCCUUGUUCUGCUGCGAAGCUCACUGGAAGGUCUUAAAUCCCUAAAUCAUUCUGGGUUGUUGUGUUUGUGUGUGUGUGUGUGUGUGUGCUUGUUUUUUGUUUGUUUAAUACAAAGUAUCCCAGACAGUUCAUAAUGUAAUAAAAAUUAAAACAGUACAUAAUUAUUCAUGUUCUAUAGAUGUUUAUGGAUUGAUUUUAUUGUAUAUGCUGUAAGCUACCUUGAUAUAUUUCCCAAAAGUGCAGAUUAUGUACUUCAAAUAAAUAAGUAAAUAAAUAAAUAAGUGUCAUAAAAACAUCAACAAUCAGAUAAAUAAUUAAAAAGGGACCUCUGGAGAAAGGCUCAGACCAGGCGGACUUCCCUCUUCAGGGCAUUGCAUUGCCCAGGCACCACUCUAGAAAAGACUUACCCCUUGUGGCCAUCUGGCAUUCUUCGUAUGGCUGGGCCUCCACAUGAACAAGCCACAGUGGCUAUGUAGAACCUCCACCACUGGAGACUAUGCCUCUGAAGGCCAGUUGCUGGGAAUCCCAAGUGGGGAGAGUGCUCAGUUGUGCUCAUGUCCUGCUUGCAAGCUUCCCAUAUGCAUUUGGUUUGCCACUGUGAGAAAAAGAUCCUGGACUGCACAGGCCCUUAAUCUUCUCCAGCAGGCUCUUCGUAUGUUCAAAGGUCAGACAGAAUCAGAGGUAGAGGUGAUUCUUCAGAUCCACUUUGUCACAGCCUGGUGCCCUCCAGAUGUUUUGGACCACAACUCCUUUCAUCUCUGACCAGUGGGCAUGUCGUCCGGGGCCAAUAGGAGUUUGAAUCCAACAACAUCUGGAGGGUACCCUCUUGGGGAAGGCUACUUUAGAUCCUAGGGUCCCUGGAUCUAUCCACCUACUAGGGCAAUUGUGUUGAUGAGAGAAGGAUAGGAAAGUGUUCCGUACACUGAUAAAUGCCAGAAGAAUCCUAUUGUAUAGAAAUCAGCUUCCAGUGUUCCAUCCACAUCAACAAGAAAUGGAACUUGUGGUGGGGCUUUGCAGAUAGCAGCAAAAUUCAUUGUCAGUAAUUGGGGUCCUAGGGCGUAUCCAGGGUCCCCGACCAGGUUUAGCCUUUCCCAUUGCUUUAUCUUCCAUAAGUGAGUGUUUGCUAUUCACCCAUGUGGGGUAAAGUGAAGCAAUGUCAUUGAUGACACUGUUGGGUUUGAAGGUAAACUUGCCCUUGCACUGUGUGGCCUUGACAUCGCUGAUGGUGGAACAGGGAAGGGGCACCAUCGGUCUCUGUGCAUGCUGCAGCUUGCAGAAGUCCUUUCAGUAUGCAAGCCCUCCUUCAUGCACCAUUAUUUAUUUGUAUUUUCAUAAAAUAUUUCCAGGCUGGCCUUUGCAAGCAAUCAGUAUUGGUUGGCGCCAAUAGGCUUUGCAGACUUACUUGCAUUGCUACAUUUAAAUUUUAAGUCCUAUCACCUUCCUUCAACUUCAUCUAAAAAGGCACCAUCAUAAGGUUUUCUGAUAUAUAAAUGACUUCAGAUAAAUUGACUUUGAACAGCUAAAAACCAGAUGGCUAGUUCUUUUUCUUUCUUUUUUAUCCCAAAGUCUUGACAGCCCUAAAUGCUUGUGUGUGGUCAUUUUUUAAAAAUGACAUCCAUUCCAAAGAACAAAGAGGCAUCUAUAAAGAAAGAGAUGGAGACCAAAAAGGAAAAACAAAACCCCAAGCUCAUCAACAUCUGUGCUUCUUUGUCUCUAUUAUGUUGGCUGGUUGGCAUAUUUCUCAGGGUGUUAAAGAUUUUGGCUCUAAGAGCCCAGCAAAAAGUUACUACCGUGCCAGGAGGCAGGGAGAAAAAUGCUACAGAUCUGCCAGCCAACACACUAGCCAAGGGUACAACACAGGCUGGUUGCAUAUGGCAGCAAUUAGUUCAAGCUGCCAUAUCAGUUCUUAAGGUUUGUGCUUUUUUGCAAAUCAUCUUGCAUUUUAAAAUAAGUCUUGUAUAGCUUUUGGAGUAUUGUGUCAGUUCACCUGACCUUUUAUCAGAUUUAUUCCACCACUUCCAAAUUGGAUUACUAUUUACGAGUAGGUCUGAAUGCUUUACUUGCAAGAUGGGUUUGUAAUACUAAUUGCUCAGGUUUCACUUGUUUUGAUGUGGAGGAGGUAGGUUAGGCUAUUUUGAUUGUGGCAUGUCAUGGGAUUGUAAUAUAGCAUUCCCCAUCUAAAGAUGAGCAGUAACUUUUGUUUAUUAAAUUGUUUCACUCUUAUUCUACCCUUUUGCAAAAACUAUAUGGGGAGGUUUGUAGCAUUUCCCUCUCCCAGUAGGCAGGUUUAUUUAAAGGAGUAAUUGUUCUGUUUACAACUUUCACAUAGCCUUUCAUCCCCAAACCUUUGAAAUCAGUAGAGAUACACACAACAAUCUAUAUCUGGUCUGAGUAAAAUUCACGUGUUCAUUUAUAGUCUGGUCCAUUUCCUCAUUAAUCUGCAAUUUUUUAUAAAAACAAUCUGUACAAAAAUUCUUCUAUAUGCCAGGAUUCAGCAUUCUCUGACCGCCAGUGCAAGGGCUAUUGCGCUACUGUAGCAAUGAAAAUAAAGGGUGGGCAAUACCAAGUGCAGUGCAACAAUUGUGCUAGCGGGAGCUUGUUGUGCAGCAGUUUGUUCAACAGGAAAUAUCGGUACUACAGCAGCAAUCUGUUGCACAAUCAGCAAAGAGAAUCACAGCCGUUUCCUGUACUUUCUCUUGGUUGAGCCAUUCUUCUGGCACAAGUACACCACUAAGCAGUUUUAAAUCAGUGCGACAUUGAAUUACUCUCACAAUCACAAUACAUUUCUGAACCUACUUUACCAUAAAAUGCAUAUUUGUUUAAAUAUUUUGAUACCUUUUGUGGUGAGAACUUUAUUGCAAAAUUUUGAGAACUGCAAAAUCCAAAGGAUAAUUUCAUUGUGAUCCACGUAUUUGUUCUAGAGGUGUGAAUUAGGUUAGUUCACUUUAAAAACUAACCAGUUCUGUAUCCUAUUGUGCAGCCCUUAACACAUGACUCUUCAGGGUGCCCAGUUUUAUCUUGUUCCUAUUCAAGGGUUUAAGAUUCAUUUUACACAAUACUAUUACGUAAUAAUUUGAAAUAAAGCCUAUAUAGCAGGCUCGUUCAUAGAUACUUUAUUAAUUUUCUGUGCAAAGUAAAAAUUGCUUCCAGGCAGCCAAUGACAGAUUUUUUUAAAAAAAGUUGUCUUUUUUAGGCCACAGGUGACAAUCAGCUAUUUUGGGGCAGAUGGGCUGUUAAAUAUUUUUGAGAGCUUGCAACUAUUUACCAGGCUUCACUGUUGUAUAUGUACCAAUUCUGGUAGCAAUGAAUUUUACAGCCUAAUGUUAUAAUCAGCGGUUGAUCAUGAGGUAUUUUAGACCACCAGUGUGACCAGGCUUACAGGAUCAUCGUAUAAUGUGCCACAUAUUAUCCUCCGAAAGAGUGAGGCAAUAAGUAUUUUUGGGGAGGAAUGCUAAGUAUUCCUGAGCAGGGAGGGCAGAGGAGAGAAUUGCCAGUGAGUAAAAGUAUGGAGUAAUAUAUUUCACUUCCAUCUUUCCCAGAAAUUGUCAGCACUUUCCCUCCGUAUUCAGCAGAUUGAAACUACACUGAACAUCUUGGAUGCAAAGGUUUGUGCAUGAUAUCUCUCUUCUUGCUUGUUGUAGUCUUGAGCACAAAUUAAGGGACUUGCCUGUAUAAGUCCUAAAGUCCCGUUUUUAUCUGAGCUACAUUCGUCUUCAGGCAGAACUGAGUAUAUUUUUUCAGAAUGUCAGAAUGUAAAUGGAAACAGAUGGCAAAUGGAUAUCUGUGAUAAGGCAAAGAGGAGGUGAAGUUGCUGGGUGCAGGCAGGGCCCGCCUGAUAAACACUUCACCCCCGUGCUGGCCAGAAUUUUGUGACAUGUUCGUUUGUCCUAAUUAAGGUAUUGCCUAUUAGUGGAUUUUGAGGCCUUGGUGAAAAAUAGCAUGUACUGGAUGCUGACUAAACAGCUACAAGUUUUAUAUUCUCAAUAUUAAAAUGUUGUCUACUGUUCUUGGUGUUCCCAUCUUCAGUUGUCUUCUAUACCUGGGCUAGAAGACGUCAAGUUUGAAGUAUCCAGCACCAGUGUCAACAGCGUUACGAAUGGCCCUGUCCCACAAGUCUCAAUAGAUCCACAGUCAACAAAUGUAUCUCCUCAGCUGGAGGUAAAAGAUUGAGUUCUUCCUGACUUGUUUUUCCCCCGUUUCUAGUUAGCCUUUCUAAAGCAAGCAAUGACUUUGUUCACAUGUGAUUUGCUUUGCUUCCCGCAGACCACAGUCUGUAGUCAGGGUUUGUUCUUGGCUUACUGAUUGUGGUUUGUUGGAUCUGUGGUUUGGACAUAAUUCAUAGCCAGGGAUUGUGGUUUGUUUCAUCCAUGCGCCAGAGAGGAGGAGCAAAACAGUCCCAAUCUGUGUGCUUGUGCUAAACCUAACCAUGGUUUACCAUGAUAUGUGAACUGAGUCAAUGUCUGCACAUGUUUAAAGAUUGGCACAUAAUGUUUUCUCUUUAUAGCAGAGCACCGGUCAUGAGAUGGGGCAACAGAAGACGGAAGGAGCCACAGAAAAUAUCAUCACAGUAGCAAAGGAUCCCCGCUAUGCAAGAUAUCUCAAAAUGGUUCAAGUGGUAAGACAGUUGUUCAUCAGGCUUCAUCAGACACCAAAUUUGUGUGUAUUCUGUAUCAAGCAGCCUUCAAAGUUAGCCCUUCUGGCUGUCCACUCUAACUUCUUUUUAACUAACACUCUUACUUUUGAUAAACUCCCUCUUCUGAAAGGGUAUGUGAUUCUGUUGGAAUUGGUGGUGGUGGUGGCUGUUGUCAAUCAGUUCAGAACUCUAUUUCUCGCCUGAUGUAGACCCUACUUACAAUCAUUUGUUGUAUUUAUUAAUGUCUCUUUAUCGUGAUCUGAAUGUGCGUUUGCUCUUUCAGUGUGAUGACAAUUCAAAUCAUCUAUAACUAAUGGCUUUCCAUCUCUGAACUUCCCCUUUUAAUGUGUUUAGAGACCUCUGCAGCAGUUUCCGUGUUUGAUGGCUCUGCGCCAGGCUUGAUGGGAACAAUAUGUGUGAAAAGCCACUCAAGGAUCAGUUUUGUUCCUUUUAGUUUGUUUCCACUGAUGUCCAGCCAAACCAGUUAAAUUGCUCAACAUGUGAUGGACCUUUGCAUCUAGAACAUGCUUGCAAAUGAGCUCUUUGUAAGCAGGCCCUGGCUUCUUUCCAUUCUGAUUGAGCCUCCAAGCCAAUUGUCUCAUUAGCAUUUCCUAACCUCCUGUUGAUGAAAGGAAUAGGAACAGUAGUCACUUUACUCUGAAUUAAACAGUAGUAAUAGAAAAGAAAAUUAUGUGCCCAGAAAAUUGCAGGUGAGCAGGCUGCUAUUGUCCUUGUGUCUUGCUUGUGGGCUUCGAAAAAGCAUUUGUUGGCCGCUGUGAGAACAGGAUGCUGGACUAGGUGGCCCACAGACCUGCUUCAGUAGGCUCUUCUUCUGUUCUUAAUAAAAAUUAUGUGAAAAGGCAAGACUACGCCAUUCACAUUUUGUUUCUAGAAAUAAGAGACAAAGGUAUUCCGAAUUUCUAUGGAUUAACGAAAGCAGGAGCGAAUGAUUCUCUGUGAGAGUCCAAAGCCAUUCAGUAUUCUUAUUCCACAAAAGUGUUUAGUGGGACAAGGGAGAGGCACAUGCCCAUAUUUUCCUUAGCUGGAGCAUAACAUGGAAAUAACUCUUCACACAUUUUCCUAAGAGAUGCUUUUUAGCCAUGGCACCAUGCAAUUGGUCUUAUUUUAACCAGCUAUUGGCAAACUUGCCCCCCCACCUCCAUCUUUGGACCACGCUGUGCAGCCUUCCUGAAAUUAAAAUGGAACUAAUGGCUUGAUUUCCUUGCUUGUGCCCAACGGUUGCUGUUGAGUCAGGCUUCAAUACAAAGCGUUCAGAUUCAGUAUAGUUGUUAGGAUAUUCCACCAGACCUCUUUUGCUGGCCUGAACAUUUUCCUGUGAAUUGGGAGUGGCAAACUGGCAUUGUGUGGCUAGAUAAUUACCAGUGCACUUGGAAAGACUGAUGUGGUGGCUGGAAGGAGAGUGUUUGGCUGAUGGUUCACUCUAAUGUCCUUUUUUUGGUGAUGGGAUUUGUGCUGGGGGUGGGUGGGGAAGACAACUUUCUGCCCCCCCCCCUUUUAGAAUCUUAACCACAUUAUUUGAAAUCUACCCUUCUUCUGUAGAAAGACUUCUUCUAUAUAUGCCCCCUCCUCUUAGGUAUAGCAUAUGAAUGAGAUGUUGGGCUGUUGAGGAACACAGUAGUUUUAUGUAUAUGUUACAGAUGCAUCAGGAAGCACAGCUUUACCCAAGCACAGUGGUACCUUGGGUUACAUACGCUUUAGGUUACAUAUGCUUCAGGUUACAGACUCUGCUAACCCAGAAAUAUUACCUCGGGUUAAGAACUUUGCUUCAGGAUGAGAACAGAAAUCGUGCUCCGGCGGCGAGGCAGCAGCAGGAGGCCCCAUUAGCUAAAGUGGUGCUUCAGGUUAAGAACAGUUUCAGGUUAAAAACAGACCUCCAGAACGAAUUAAGUACUUAACCCGAGAUACCACUGUAAAGCUACACAUGAAUUUUGGAGCUACAAAAAAGUGAGGAAAGCAGACAUGCACAUGGUUUGUAUUUCUUCUUUAGGAACAUAUAAUAAGUGCUUUAUAUGAGAUCAGGUUACCUGCAUGAAGUAAGAAAAGUGGGCAGAGAUUAGUUUUUCUCCCUCUCAUAAUACUAGAAUCCAUGGCCAACCAGUGAGAAGCUGAACGUUGGAAGAUUCAAGACCGACAAAAGAAAGGAUGUCUUCAGACAGAACAGAGUUAUGCAGUAUAAUUUGCUCUCAUGGGAUGCAGUGAUGGCCACCAACUUGGAAUAGUUUUUAAAGUGGAUUAGACAAAUUCCCGGAGGAUAAAGUGAUCAUUGGCUACUACCCAUGAUGACUGUCUGCUAUUUCUAGUGUCAAAGGUUGCUGGGAAUCAGAAAGUGGACGAGUUCUGUCACGCUUCGUCUCUGCUUCUAGGCUUCUCAUAGGCUUCUGGUUGGCCACUGCAAGAACAGGAUGCUGGACUAGCUGGACCUUUGGUGUGAGCCAGCAGGGCUCUUACAUUAUUUUCUGGCCCAGUAUUAUCUACUUCAGCUGGCUCAGGCUUUUCACUUCAUCUGCUGCCUGGUUGUUUGUUGUUUGUUUGUGAUAUAAGGGACUGGACCUGGGACAUUCCACAUCCCAACUUGUGAGUUCUGACAUUGAGCUAAGGCUCCUCCCUUCCUUUGUGAGAUCCAAAUGUCUUCCAAGUGAGCUUUCUUAGUUUCAUCUUCUGAAGCUACAGGAGGGUUGGGAAAACCAGUGAUGUGAGUUACUCACAGUUCAGCUUUUCUUGCUUUUUUUGUAAUGUUUGAAACAGUAUUCUGUUCAAAGCUGAGGGUGCUAGUGUUGGGAUACUGCCAGGGAGACAAAGUCCAUCAUGACUCCACGUCACCUCCGGACGUCCAUCGAUCUCCCGUAGACACGCAGUAUCAGCAAUUAGCGACACGAGCUCCAGAAAUAGCUUGCCACAUUCCAGAGCUGAUGCACGCUCUAUCAGCAGAAUUCACACAGCGAAAGAUGCACGCAGGAGAGCAUUAUUUACAAGUUUAUUCAGCGUUGGUCAGAACAAAGAAAACAUGACUGCCUGCUUCGGUGUCUCAGGCACAGAGAGAGAAACAAAAGCUAUAGACAAAACAUAAACUUCCUGUGAACAGGAAAUACACAGACUCUGUGACUCACAAAGCCUGCUCCCUUUUAAGGUGAAACGGAAAUAUCCUAACAGCUAGUUCUCAUGCCAGCCAUGUCAGUGACACCCUCUAUGUAUCCUCCAUAUAGACAGCACUGUCAAGAGGUGGUAGAGGAGCAAGCUAAUUUUGGGCUGGCUUGAACAGAAAUUUCUUUGUGGGAAAGUGGCAAAAAAGUCUAACAAACAUGGACCAGCAGAACUUUGUUUUUUCCUUUCUCCUCCUGUGAAGGGGCUGCAUUUUAAUGUUUUAAUGUUGUAUUUUAAUCUUGUUUUUAAGUUGCAUUUUAAUCAACUUGUUUUUAUUAUUGGUUUUUAGCCGCCCUGAGCCCGGUCUUGGCUGGGGAGGGCAGGGUAUAAAUAAAAUUUAUUUAUUUAUUUAUUUAUUUAUUUAUUUAUUUUUGGUGGCCCCAAAUCCAAGUUAGUUAGGCGUAGUUAAGCCAAUGCAUCUGAUUCUGUGUUGGAAUGUAGCCUUAUAACAUAGCUGUGAGAUUUAAGGGCAGCUUCUUCCACCCCCGUAGAGCUUGAGUUUAGGCUUCUUGUAUGCAAGUUAGGAGCUGCAGGUAAACCACUAUGGAGAUGAAUAUAUCCUGACCUGGUAGCCUAGGAAUUGGGACAACCCAGCUAUAAAGAUUGAAGCAAUAUCAAUGAUGGCAAAAAUCCAUGAGAAGCAAAUUGCUUCAGUGGGUGUAACGGGUUCAAAUGUUUGGUGGAAACAUCAGAAAACAAAGAGAAUAAAAAUUGUAGCAGUAAGCAAGCCAGUUCUGACCCUUAAGACAGAUAAGCUUUCUCUUAAAUUGCGAGGAAACAUUGAUUCUCAAGUUAAAGGUGGGUCUGGAAGUAAAUGAUCUUCCAUUUGGGACAACUACUCCACCUGUUUCAUAAAACCCUAAGCUGACUGUUUAUAGGCCUCCAGGAUAUGAUCUUAAAUUCCUUUCGCAUUAGUUAUGUAAUACAGCUUGUGUUUUUUAUUUGAUUAUAAAUCAUUUUAGUGCUGUAUGUAUGUUAGAUAAAGUUUUUGGCAAGUAAAAAACCUCUACUGCAUCAAAGCAUAGGUAUGUAGGUGUGGGUCUCAUCUUCUCAAUUUCUUACUUCAUAUUUCCCAUGACACUUUCUGGGGUUGAAUCUUAGGUGAUAAACUUUCAAUUCUUCUCUUCCCCCCUCCCCAUGCCAGUCCAGCAAUUAUUAAAAGCUCUGAAAUGGAAAGAAAAUAUUGGGGGAGGGGUGUAGCUCAGUUGCUUUGCAUGCAGAAGGUCACAGGUUCAAUUCCUGCUAUCUCUAGGAAGGAAUGGGAACGUUUCCUGCAUGAAACCAUAGGGAGCUGCUACCAGUCAGUGCAGGCAAUACCAGACUAUAUACACAAAUGGUUUGGCUCAAUAUAAGGAAGCUUCUUAUGUUCCUAUGACACUUGCAAGGUGACAUAAACCAGGGUAUGAUCUAUCCGGCAUACAGUUUGAUGGAGACCUCUGAAACAGAGAGCUUUAUGUAAGAUGGUUCCCCUCUACUACAAUCUUGCAUAGCUUUUUCAGCUGCAGUUCUUACAUACUAUUCUGUUUCCUGGCUAACAGUUGUUUGCUAUUUCUUCCAUUGGCCUUUUUUCAUAUUUAUAAUAAUUGUUCCCAUUGUAAGAUACAAAACGUUCUGGAUAACAGAAUCCUCAACACGUCCCGCCCCCUCAAAAAAAAAUCUAGCUUCCAUACUUUGGAUUACAUUUUCCAUAUGGCAUAUGGUAAGUCCCAGUUAUAAAAGAUCUGUAUGACUCCUGGUGAUUACAGUUCUGUAGAUCCCCACUAUUAAACUGCUGAGUUUAAUUGUUUUUAUUGGAGAUAGCCAGUUUAUAUAAAGGUGGGGGGAAGCCCCAAAUACAGAUGCACACAGGAAAAUAUUAAUCACCGAAUUACCAUCACUAUUGCUCUGCCAGCCUUAACCACUCUCUCCACUUUCAUGUGUGGCGCUAGUACAGACACGCUUCUCUGAAACACCCGCCAUGGCUCCUUUCUCCUUACCUUGGCCAAAGUACAUUUGCUUGAUGCCAAAACCAACCACACACUACUGUUCACUUAGAGUUUGAGGUCUCUCACGUCCUUUUCAGACCUCCAGUAGACCUUGGAACUCAGAAAUUGGACUCUCUUUUUUUUCGUUUUUGACCUUUUGCAUCAAUGAUGGCAAAGCAACAAGUUCUCUUUGAGCCUCAGUGGCAGGAACACAGGAGCCAAUUCUGUUAGAACACCCCUAGCAGAGAGAGUUUGGACUUUCACAAACUGUUCUCUAGGAUCCUACAAGAAAAUAUGAAGGGAAGAUGUUUGAGACUUGGGGAAAUGGACCACAAGCAGUGGGAGAGCUUGCAUUGAAAGGUCAUUUUCAUAUGCAUAGUUGUCUUAAACUUACCUUCGUGCUAGCCCACAUUUAAAUGUUGAUCUUGUGAUGCUAGAUUUGGAGAAGUCUGUGUGAGAAGCCUCCUGUUGUUAUCAAGAAAGUGCUGAGGGGAGCUGCAGGAGAGUAGCAUAGUUACAAAUUGCUAGAUGAAUGAAGCUAUUUUUCUGAGAUUUCACAAAAAUAAAAAUAGCAGUUCAGUUGAUGGAUGGAAUUAACUGCUGGCCCAGCAGGUGGGAAGUCAGUCUGGAGGUGUUAAACAGAAAAAACAUUAAUAAUAAUAAUAAUAAUAAUAGCAACCCAUCCAUUUAUACCCCUCUUUGGGUUACCCCAGCCACAAAAGCUUGGUAGCCUAAUACACCUGUACUUAUGACCUAGGUAGAAGAUGGGUGACAACCUCUACAGCUUCCAGCAACAUUAGCUAAGCAAUUUUAUUGGAAAGGACAGUUUCAUUACGUGUCCUUUUAUAUAAGUGGUUUCCUGUUAGCAGGAUUAUGACGUGAUCCCACCUCUGCAUGUUGUGAUUUUGGAAUCAUAAUGGCUGAUCCCAGUUUCCAGUUGCUGCAAGCAAACUAAUGAGAAGAACUGCACGGGUAGAGAUAUAUCCCGGGCAAAGAAUGGUCACAGAUAUUCAAAAGGUCCAGGACCUGGCCACUUUACUACACAUGCUAGUCCUGUUCUUUACAUCUCAUUUAGCUGGCUACUGGUUAAAGAAGAGGCUGAGAGCAAUGUGCAGAGCUUGAACGUUGGUCUGCCAUCACUGCAUCCAUUUCUUUUUCUCCUUCCUGCAUCCACAUCUUGAUUUCUUUGACUCCAUUGCUGUGAUCACCUUUCCUAACUCCAGCCAUUUUUACACUGAUAACUUGGACUGAUUUUGAGCAUAAUUUAUUUCGUGCCUGGAGUGUACUGCUGACCAUCUCUUGCAUCUUUUUGUGGGGCAAUGGAGAAUUCAAGAAAGAGCCCUGCUGGAUUGGACAGAAUGCCUGUCUCAUUCAGCCUUGGACUCCUGCAGUGGGAAUGGAAGCACAAGACCAGUAGCAUGCUUCCACUCACGGACUUGCCUUCAGAGGCAUGCUGCUUCCAACCUUGGAGGCAAUAUAGCCAUUGUGAUCAGUCCCAAUGUGAUUUGUCUAAUCCCCAUUAAAACUCAUCCAAGGUGAUCGCCAUCACUGCAUCUUGUGGAAGGGAUUCCAUCGUUUAAUUUUGUGUAGUGAAAAGAAAUACUUCCUUUGGUUCAUCCUGAAUCUCCCACCAUUCAGUUUCAUUGAAUGACUGAGUUCUAGUAUUAUUGGGGGAGGGCAUUCUCCAUCCACUUGAUCUGCAUCAUGCAUAAUUUGGUUCACUUUUAACCCCUCCCUCCCCAAUUUUUCUAAACAAAAAAGCCCAAAUCUUGCCUCAUAGGGGAGCUGCUCCAGCCCCUUGAUUGUUUUGGUUGCCCUUUUCUGUACCUUUUUCAGCUUGACAGUGUCCCUUUUUGAGGAGGGAGAAACUCGCAUGGACAUUGCAGACACGUAAGAGAUAUUCCACAGCAGCAAACUUCUCUAGGUGUUUGAAAAUGAAAGAAAAUGGUAUGCUAGCUGCAGCCUCUGAAGUAAACCAAAGUUAUUCAGAAAUGUAAUUCGGUUUUUCAACAACUUCUACUCCCAAACUUUCUAUAGGGGCAGCCAUAGGAAAUGUGGCCUUCGAUCACCUUCCUGCUGUCAACAAAAGCAGUUUCUCAGAUCAGAGCUUUUUCCCUUAACAUUUUUGUGUUUGCUCUUUAUUCAUUCAAACACUGCGAUUUUGAUGGGACUCCCUUAUACAGUGCUUUUCUAGACUUUUAUCGUUCUUUUUCCCCUCCGCAGGGUGUUCCUGUAAUGGCAAUAAGAAACAAAAUGAUUUCUGAAGGAUUGAACCCGGAUCUUCUUGAGUAAGUGACAACUACUUGCAUAUUAUGUGUGCAGAGACAGGACAGAGUUGGCUCUUGCAAUGGGGGAUAGAAUUGUGUAUCUUGGUCAUUUGGAAGCUUCAGAAAAAAUCUAAUUUGAAAUAAACUUGCAAGGCUGAACAAGCUACACCCAAAACAUCGUGCAAAGGAGAUUGUUCCAUCAGUGCAAGCACUUCUGCUUUCCUGACGGAACAAUCUUCUGAAUUCCCCCUUAAUUCUUUCCCAAUCAGGUUUUAGUUAAGGUUAUCCCCACCCCCUAAGUAGCAGGAUUACCUCCCCCACUGAACACUUUUAAUGGCUUGAGGAUAUUAUCUUACUUUUUUCUAGACAGUAGCCACAGUUAAGCAAGGCUGGGUUUUUUCCACUGUUGGUGAUGGAACAGCUUAUACAUGCAGGUCCACCUCUUUAUUGCCAGCAUUUUAAAGGAGAAUAGAUAAAAUUGUAGAGAUUUGUUUUACUAUCAACAGAGAUAAAAAAGAAUUGGCUCACUUAUUUGGGAUUGAAACCCAACAGAAGCUUCAGUUCCUUGUCAACAGAAGAGCUACAGGUAGCCUGAUCCCAAAAUUUAACUGUGCCACCUAUAAUAAAAGCGAAGGAUGAGGCAUACCUAUUGAUUUUCAUAACCCAUGGUGUUCAAGAAAGAUUCUCUGGUGCAUAUGUUCUGGAUUCCUAAAUCAAUGUUCUCAGACAUAAUGAAACGGUAUAACCCCAUCUUAGAACAUACCCACAAUCCUAGGAUUCUGACUUCUGAAUACAUAUCCUGACCAGCCCCUAAGCUGCCCACACUUCUUCCUGGCUCCCCACAUCAGUAAUGUUACAGGGGCCAUGGCAAGCUCUAAUAGGACUCUGUAUCCCUUUCACUAACACCAGUAGGGCUAGGACCUGUCCUUGAGAGAGUGUCUUGGACCUUUACAAUUGAUAGGUCUAUUACCAUUGCAUGUGCAGAUAACCCUACAGGCUGAGAAGUGUUGUCCUGCAUGAUGUACUAAUAACUACAGCAACAGUACUUGGCCUUUAUGUUGUGCUUUUGGGGUGUUCAAAGAGCUUUGCAUCUACUGUCAGUCAUCUUUAGAGCAACCCUAUAAAGUCGGCCAAUAUUAUCACGCCACUGCAACAGAACAGCAGCUGAAAGCUACCUCAGUGAGCUAAGCGAGAUUUGAAUGGGACAUCCCCACCUCACUUCUAAGGUUUUCUGGAUUUUGCAUCCAAAGAGGGAUCUCUGAAAUUAUACCCCCUUCCUAUGGGAAACUAGUCUGCUGCAGUACAAACACCUCCUGCUUACCUAGGAACUUCUCAGUCGACUUCAUAUAGGUAAUUAUGUAGGCACUGCCUAUGAAAGCCCAUGCUACAGUAAACCUCUGAAGUCUGUAAGGUUAGGAAGCAUGUUUUGCUGCUGCAUAACAACACAACUGCUCUUCUGAAAGUAGCUGCAGCAUUGACACUUAACAUGUCUUCUAGCGUUGCACAUGAUCAUAGAAUCAUAGAGUUGGGAGGGACCCCCCCCCCGAGGGUCAUCUAGUCCAACCCACUAAGUUGUGGCUUCUUAUCUUUCCCUUGCAGGACACCAGAUGCUGCAGUGCCUACCUGGGGAGGGGAGGCAAAUGCAGAAGACAGUUCUGACAGUGAAUCCUCAUUUAGUGACUGACCUCGCUGAUCCAGGUGCAUUUUUCCUUAAGAGCCCUCUUCGCAAGUGCUUGUGUACAAAACUUAAAUCUGAAAGAUUUCCUGAUAGCUUGAGCCAUAGAAAGUAUUCUUCUUUAAAGGAAUUGCUACUUUGCACUGGGGUCUUUGCAUCGUCUUCCUCAGAGUUUUGAAUGAAGGCCCAGUCUGUCCUGAAGGGACUGACAAGAUGUGCUGUUACUUACGACAUGAUGGCCCUGAUCUAUUGUUCCAAUGAAGCUCAGGGCAAACUUGGGGCAGGUGGGAGAGUAAGUAGACCAUGCAAGCACGGCAGGUGGGAACAAGUGUACCAGCUCUGUCACUUUCACCCUCCACAAGUUCUGCGGGUGACCAACUCUAGCGGGGAGCCUCCUGCAUUUGUGGAUUUGUGUACAUUCCCUGUGCCACGUAGAACCCUGAUCUUCCUACACUGCAAGGAGAUGGGUGCCCUCUUAUUCAUGGAGGGGGAUCGGGACAGAGAGCAGAGCUAGCGUGCUCAUUCUUGCUCUCUCCAUUGGCUUUUCUGCUUAUUUGUGAGUAAGGCACCCGAGAACAGCUUUGCAUUUCUGAUGAAGCCAAGGUGUUUCUUUGGACAAUACUUACAGCCUUUUAAAUUACCUCUUUAUGACUGGAUUCCACUACCCCUCCCUUCCUGGCAACUGUCUAUAUUCAGAAUGCUGCUAAUGCUGUUUCCUACACUGCUUUUCUUUUUAAUCCUCCAGUAUCGAAUGAGAAUUGAAAGCACCAAUUGCUUGCUGCAAAUAUUAUAUUUGUCCCAGUGGUCUAAGAGCUGUGGGUACGAAGGGCAGUGACAGAAAGACUGAGGGUGGAAGAUGGUGGCUCUUUCCACGAGCAUCUCAUACAAAUCACACAGCAUUGCUGCUACACCCCACCAAUUUUUUUUUCCAGUGGAGAUCCCAUACUAGGUGCGUGCAAAUCUUAAGGUAGCUCAGCGGCAAAUUUUUUGCGUAUUGUAUCACUGCCAUUGUAGUCAGCAAGCGACUUCUGUGGGUUAUAUCUUGUUUAGAAUGUCACUCGUAAUUAUAAUAGAAAUAAAGAAAUAAAGGUCCAUGUUACUUAGGAGAGUAGAGCUUUAAAUUCUGAUGGGUAAGAAAGUUAUUUUAAUGCAAUAGCAAAGACUUCCAUGGCUUACAAUUUUGAAAGAUAGAUACAACUAGCAAGGAGAUUAUCUUGUUUUCAAAAGUUUAUUCAGGAAAGCAACACUCACAGAAACUGAGACCUACCAUUUAUUUCAAAGCAUGAGUUGCCUUAUAGAGGGAUCUGAUUAAAAAGAAGGGGCAGCCCUGUCUUAAAUGAAAAAAAGCCUUUUAAGAUCAAAAUGCAAUAGUACGUUACAAGACUGCAUAAACUUUCAGAGGUCUUUUUUUGUGCAAGAUUGGCUUGCCUCACUGCCUGGUGAAUUUCACUAGUGAUGUUAAGAACCACUUCACUUUAUGGAUUUAGAGCAUUUCUUAAGUGUGCACACAGUGUACACUAAAAUACUCAAAAAAGAACGCUAAUGCCCUUCCACCCCAUAUAUGCAUAGCAGUUGUCCGUGACUUUCCAAUGUGGCGUAGAGAGGUGUAAACUGGCCCUCAGCUUUUGUCCUUCACCUUUUCUCCCAUCCCACCAGUGUUUUCUCACACUACCAUUCUGAAUUUGCUGCACAUGUGCUAGCGCCGUUGUGCUUUCAGCAAAUGCCAGGAUAGCCAUUUAUGCAUCAAAAUCAGAUCUGAGUAUGAGCCAAGAAAGGCCGGGGAUGCACACGCCUCUUGGUUAGGAGAGUUCCGGCUGCAGGCGUGAAGCAGAAUCUCAUGCAAUUCUUCUGAUUGGAACAAGACAUUCCGGGACAUUUGUUUUUUCCAAAAAUAUUUCGGAAUAGAUCAAGACAUUUUGUUUCAAGCAACAAAUCUAAGAUGUAACCUUUGUCUAGGUCUUCAUUAAUCUGGUCUUCAGCAAAAUGCAACUAGUAUUAACAGUGUCUGCUUUGUCAGCCAUAAAUAAUCAAUCAAGUACUAUUUACCAUGCUGCCUAAUAACACAUAUUGUAUACUACAACACUCAGAAGUGGAUUCUGUAUAUUUGAAAAACAUGCAUCUAUAAUUAAAAUUAUGUUUUGUAAGCAAAUGUUUGAUUCUUUGUGCAACGUGUAGAUAAAAUUGCAUGUUUUGAUGCAGCCUUAUUAAUUUUUAUUGUCACUAAAGUGCACUGCAAGAACAUUUGAAACUAUCCUUCCCCAGAAGUCAAGGGAGGUAAGAGUCCGAGAAAACAAGAUUGCUUAGCAGCAGAGAGAUUUCUUACAUCUGCAGGCAGACAGCAUUUGAAACCGUGCAGUGGAGUCUAGAAAUACUAUUUUUCUGCACUAAUUAGUUAUAAAUGCAGUCAGGUAUUGUUUAUGUCAGUUUUCAGCUGGAGAACAUUGGUGGUUGAUUUCAGAAAUUCUCAAACUUUAAAGGAAAAGGUGGCUUCACUGUAUGUGGAUUAAUGAUGCAAUGUAAGUUUAAUUCCCUCCAAUGUUUUUUGUAAGUAUUACUGUUAAUGCAAAACACAAAAAGCCUGUAGCUAUUAUUUAGAAACACAACAAAAACAGAAUAAAGCAACCUGAGUGAUUCCAGUAUUUUAACAAAUAAUAUCAUUUGAUACAGUUUGACCUAUUUUAGGAAGAUGCAGAUUAUACGUCUCUCAUCAAGUGAGGAAGAAGUUGCACCGUUUUAACAAUAUAAAUCAGUUUGCCAGUUUAGUUCAAACCAUGGUUUGCUGUAAUGUUUGUUUGAAUUAAAUCAAAAUUAAGCACUUAUAUCACAAUAUUCGAUGUAGAUGUAUAUGCCAAGAAUAUGUAUAUGCAUGUAUACACUGAAUAUUAGUAAAAAUACUUCUA